AUGACACUGAGUAAAAAUCUAAAUGCUGGAAGACUAUCUGGUCUUCAGAAAGUUAAGGGGCUUGAAGACCUUCUAAUGACAUCAGAUGUAUCUCCUGGAUCUAUUUUUAUGUUACCCUAUGGUACUCGAAUAUACAACAAACUAGUGGAAUUCAUGAGGAUUCAAUGUAAAAUUUAUGGAUAUCAGGAAGUAAGAAGUCCUAUGAUUUAUAAAAAAUCACUUUGGAAAAAAAGUGGCCAUUGGGAAAAUUAUAAAAAUGAAAUGUUUGAAGUAAUUGGCCAAAAUACAGCAAAAAACAACAAAAAAGAAAUUGGAAAUUAUUUUCAAGAUGAAACAUAUGGAUUAAAACCAAUGAACUGUCCUGGUCAUUGUCUUAUUUAUUCAUCUAAAGAAAGAUCAUAUAGGGAUUUGCCAAUUCGUUAUACAGACUUUGGAACACUACAUCGCAAUGAACCAUCUGGAUCAUUAAGUGGGUUAACAAGACUUCGUCAGUUUCAUCAAGAUGAUGCGCAUAUUUUUUGUCGACAAUCACAAAUUUUUGAUGAAAUAUCUUCAAUUUUAGAUAUUAUUAAAACAACAUAUUCAGUUCUUAAGUUCCCUUCAUACGAGUAUUCUUUAUCAACUAGACCUUCUAAAUUUGUUGGUACGCUUGAAGAUUGGGAAAAAGCUGAAGAAAUAUUAAAGCAUGCUUUAAAUGCUAAAAAACAACAAUGGUUUUAUAAUGAAAAAGAUGGGGCAUUUUAUGGGCCCAAAAUUGACCUUUUAGUAACAGAUAAAAAUGGCAAAAAAUAUCAAAUGGCUACUAUUCAACUAGAUUUUCAGCUUCCUUUAAGAUUUCAACUUAAAUAUAGAUCACCUGUUGAAAAUGACUUAAAAGAUACAUCUAAAGGUGCUUCUGUCAUGAAAACACCAGUAAUUAUACAUAGAGCUAUUUUUGGGUCUAUAGAAAGAAUGAUGGCAUUAUUGUUAGAAUAUACUGAAGGACAAAUACCUUUUUGGCUAAGUCCUCGUCAAGCAAUCAUUAUUCCAAUUGGUGGGAAAAAUAUCAUAGAAUAUGCAAAUGAUGUCUAUUAUCAAAUAUCUGGAUAUGAAAAUAAUUCAAAAGUUCUUCAAACAAUUCAUAAAAGGAUAUUUUACGUCGAUUUAGAUUUAAGUCAAAGAACACUUGCCAAGAUGAUUAGAGAGGCAUGGGUAAAAGCAUAUAAUUUUAUAAUUAUUAUCGGUGAUAAAGAACUGAAAACAAAAACUGUUUCUGUUAGAUCUAGGGAUGGUAAAAAACAAGAAAUUAUGCAACCCAAAGACGUAUAUAACAUGUUUACGAAACUAGAAGCAUCAUAUGAAUAA